AUUGAUGUGAAAAUAAAAUUUGAAUAUAAACAUUAUCGCAGAGAUACUAUAUGCCCGUGAAUCGCGCGAUGAUGUAUGCUUAUUCUACUAUUGUCUACCACUCCUUUCCCUCUCUUCAAUAAACAAACAUACAAACUCUCCUCUCUUCAGCUUCCCUCACACACACUUCCACGCACAAUCAAGCAGGGAACUGCAAUGGCGGAGGAAGGCGGCGGGGAGGAGUAUCUGUUCAAGAUAGUGGUGAUUGGGGAUUCAGCUGUGGGCAAAUCGAACUUGCUCUCGCGCUUCGCGAGGGACGAGUUUGACCACAACUCCAAAGCCACUAUAGGGGUCGAGUUCCAGACGCAGGUGGUGGAGGUUGAUGGGAAGGAGGUCAAGGCACAGGUUUGGGACACCGCCGGCCAGGAGCGUUUCCGCGCCGUCACCUCCGCCUACUACCGCGGCGCCGUCGGGGCGCUCAUUGUCUACGAUAUCACCAGGAAGACCACUUUCGAGAGCACCAAACGAUGGCUCGAUGAGCUCAACACUCACUGUGACACUGCAGUUGCAAGGAUGCUAGUGGGGAACAAGUGCGAUUUGGAGAACAUCAGAGAGGUGAGCGUGGAGGAGGGGAAGAGCCUAGCCGAGGAAGAAGGGUUGUUCUUCAUAGAGACCUCCGCCCUCGACUCUACCAAUGUGAUGAAAGCAUUUGAGAUCGUGAUACACGAGAUCUACGACAAGGUGAGCCGGAAAAUCCUCAACUCGGACUCCUACAAGGCUGACCUGUCGGUCAACCGGGUCAGCCUGGCCAACGGGGUUGACUUGUCGAAGCAGAACAAAUCUUGCUGCUCCAGAUGAGCUCCGAGUACGUCUCUUUUACACCACUCUUUCUUCUAUUCUCUUCUUCUUGCAUUAUUACAUCUAAUUUAUGUGUUGGCGUCAAACAUGGAAUUUCAAGUGUAUUUUGUUUAAUUAACUGAAUCCACGGCCCCACAAGUUUUCGUUAUGAAAUAAUCCGGUGAUGGAUUCAUCUUUA